CUUUACAUCUCAAAGCGUAUGCGUCAUCGGAGGGGGACCGAGUGGGAUUGCUGUUGCGAAAUAUCUCCUCGCAGAAAAUCACUUCUCUCGAAUCGUCGUCUACGAACAACGUUCCACCGUCGGCGGAUUGUGGAAUUAUACUCCUUGUGAUGUUGAGGAUGUGGCUGCUGCUAGGGAUAUGAGGAUUCCGCAGACGAAGCCGUAUUUGGAAGAAGAAGAAGAAGAAGAAGAAACUGAAGAAGAACGAGGAAGAAAAGGAAAAGGAAAAGGAAGAGGAGGUGAUGUUCUCACGCCCGUCUACUCCCGUCUGGAAACCAACAUUCCACGAGAUUUGAUGGGAUUUUCCGAUUUGGCGUGGAAAAACGAUUUGCAGCUGUUUCCCAAACAUGAGGAUGUAUUGCAGUAUUUGAAAGAAUAUGCGGAAGAUGUGCUGCAGAUUCCUGGCUUGGUGGAGUGUGGAGUGAAGGUGGUGAGUGUGGAAUUGGUGCCAACGGAAAAAGAAAAUUCAAGGGGAAAAUGGGAGGUUACGACCACAAAGUCCUUUCAGCAGGAUGAUCAAGAAGGAGAAGAAGAAUCCAAAACCGAAAUCUUCGACGCCGUCAUCUGCGCUUCGGGUCAUUAUGAUGUUCCCUACAUCCCCUCCGUACCCGGAAUCGAAGCGUGGAAUGCACAAUAUCCGAAUCGAAUCACGCAUUCGAAAUUCUAUCGAUUACCAGAAAAUUAUACGGGGAAAAAAGUUAUUGUCGUGGGGAAUUCGGCCAGUGGGGUGGAUAUUGGAGCUCAAGUGGCGAAAUGUUGUAAAGGACGAUUAAUCAUGUCUUCGCGAUCCGAGUCGUUUUUGAAAGUCCCCGAUACUGCUGCUGCUGCGAAGGCGAAAGAAGAGCAGAGGUAUAUCGGAAAACCGGAGAUUGUAGAAUAUCUUCUCGAUGAUGAAGAGGAAAAAGAAGAAGGCAAACGAAGCGUAAAAUUCUCAGACGGAACCAUCGAAUCCCACAUCGACGCCAUAAUCUACUGCACAGGAUAUUUCUACUCGUACCCUUUUCUCGAGAAGCAGAAGAAGAAGAAGAACAAAACAAAAACUCCUCCUCUGCAUCCCCCCGUCACCACCACGGGCGAACGCGUAGAAAAUCUCUUUCAACACAUUUUCUAUCGGCCCCAACCCACUCUCUCCUUUGUCGGCCUCAAUCAAAAAGUCAUACCGUUCCCUAUGGCUCAAGCCCAAGCAGCCGUCAUCGCUCGAGUUCUCUCGGGUCGUCUGGCUUUACCCGACGAGAGCGUGAUGAAAGAAUGGGAAGAGGAAACUCUUCAAAUGAAUGGUUCGGGGAGAGGAUUUCACGUGUUUGCAUUUCCCAAGGAUGCGGAACAUUUGAAUUUUUUGCAUGAUUGGGCUAUGAGUGCGCAGCAGCAGCAGCAGCAGCGGCGAGAGGUGGGGAAAGCUCCGCCGGUGUGUGGUGAGAAAUUGUAUUGGAUUCGGGAACGGUUUCCGAGUAUUAAAAAGGCUUUUGCGGAUUGUGGAGAGGAGAGGCAUCAGGUGAGGUCUUUGGAGGAGAUUGGAUAUGAUUUUUUGAAGUGGAAAGAGGAGCAGAAGAAGGGGGAACAUGUGCUUUGAUGCGGUUGUGCAAAGUAUGUUGAUGUGGG